UAGAGCAGAGGGCAAGGAGGAGGGUACAGUCUCUGACCUCACAAUACCCAGGGCCCACUGGACAAGCCUUGCAGACUCUGGUGCCCUUUUCCAGCCCGGGCAAGGCCCGGGGCCCUGGGCAGCCUCCAGGUGCAGUGCCCUCCCUUGGGCCGCACCCUCUCUACUGCCCUGGGGCAUGUCUCUACUCACAAAUUAUGAGGGGCUCCGGCAUCAGAUAGAGAAGCUCGUGCGGGAAAAUGAGGAACUGAAGAAGCUGGUACGGCUCAUUCGGGAGAAUCACGAGCUCAAGUCUGCGAUCAAGACUCAGGCAGGUGGCCUCAGCAUCAACGGGGUCACCAGCGGGCUUGGUGAGGCAGCAGCAGGCCUUUCCCAACACCAGGGUGUAUUCCUGGCCCCAUCCCCAGGAGCAACAAAGGAGCCAGGCGUAGAAGAUAUAGGAAUGAUGGCUCUGGCCCCUCUGGUUGACAUGCUGAACAACCCACAGCUCAGUCCCACAGCAGGCCCCCUUGUGAACUCCCUGGCUGCUCCUCUCAACCCACUGUUAUCAGGCCAAAUGCCCUUCUCUCUGGGCUUACCCUCAACUGGGCCCCUGAAUAGUCACUUGACCAGUCCCAUGGCUGUACCUCCUGGGACCACUCUGGCCACCUCACUGGGCCUGACCUCAACUGGCUCCCUGACCACAAGCAGCCGGCUGGCAGGCCCCCUGGCUGUAUCUCAGAGCAGCCCUCUCAUGGCUCCCCUGGCGGGCACAGUGGCAGUGUCUCUGAGCAGCCCCCUGCUCUCCUCAGCAGCUGCCCCUCUAGGUGUUUCUCAGAACAUACUGCCCAACCCCUUAAACAACCUAGGGCUGACAGAGGUCCCAAGGGUGAGGCUGGCAGAGCCACCCCGAGGAAACCUCUCUGGAGCCUCAGCCUGUGUAGGGACAGCUGCCUCCUCCAAAGUCACCGGUGAGCACCCCCAGCCAACCCAGGAUUCAGAGCCCCUCAACAUGAUGUUUGUGUGUGCACCCCUCCAGACCACCACCCCUAUGAGCACCAUGGCUACACCCAAUCCCACAGCAAAUUUUUAUGUCACCUCGGAUCUUCGGACCCAGACUGGUGUUUCUCAGGGACAAAUGACCCUCACUUCUGUCCCAAGCUCCCCGACAGUUUCCCCUGCUUGCACAGCCUCCAACUCUGCUGCAACACCUACCCCCCAAGCUGCUGGCAACUAUUCCACUUCAAGAAGCGCCCAGUGCAACUCCCCAACCAAGGUGCACCAAUCCCCUACCCGCCCUGUGCCCAACUCCAAUUCCCCUCCACGCAACCCCCACUCCCCGCCCCGCACCUCAUCCUCUCCGGCUUCAAUCAAUGAAACUCGGGGUUCACGCACCUUGGAACAGUCCCGGAAGAGUAUCCUAGAGAUGGAGCGGAAGAUGUCCCACCGAAAGUCUAGCAAGCUCUCUGACAGUCCCCGAGACUCAAAGCAUCUAGCCUGGGAGAGGCUAGUGGGGGAGAUCGCCUUCCAGCUGGACCGAAGGAUCCUGUCCAGCAUCUUCCCAGAGCGUGUUCGACUCUAUGGCUUUACUGUUUCCAACAUUCCAGAGAAGAUCAUCCAGGCCUCCCUAAACCCCAGUAACCACAAGCUGGAUGAGGACCUCUGUCAGACACUCACCCAGCGCUACGUGAGCAUCAUGAACAGGCUGCAGAGUCUGGGCUACAACGGACGCGUGCAUCCAGCCCUCACAGAGCAGCUGGUAAAUGCCUAUGGCAUCUUGCGUGAGCGGCCCGAGCUGGCGGCGUCUGAAGGCGGCACCUACACUGUGGACUUCUUGCAGCGGGUGCUGGUGGAAACCGUGCACCCCAGCAUGCUCACUGAUGCCCUCCUGUUGCUCUCCUGCCUCAACCAGCUGGCCCACGAUGACGGCAAGCCUAUGUUCAUCUGGUAA